AUGAAGAAACCAACAUGCGACAUCUGUGGCAAAGUCUUCUCCCGGCGCGACAACAUGGAGAGGCAUCGGACACGUCAUCUACAUCGAGAGGUGUACAGAUGUGAGACAUGCGGCCGUGAUUUCAGUCAGAAGUCUUACCUGAAGUUGCACCGACGCCUGCAUACAGGUGAGAGGCCAUUUGGAUGCAAUGUGUGUGGACGUGCCUUUUCUCGAAAUGAUCAUUUGGUCAUUCACAUCCGUGGACACCAGGGAAUCAAAAUGUUUAAUUGCAAUGUAUGCAACAAGUCCUUCGCUCGUCGUUCUUACCUGACUGUGCACCAGCGUAUACAUAGCAAUACUCGACCGUACAGGUGUCACAUCUGUGGCUGUGCCUUCUACCGUGGUGACCACUUGGUUCGGCACCGAGCAAAACAGCAUGGUGAAGUGAAGGCACCCACUCAGAGGGUUAAUAAUAUUAGCCUUGUUAGUAACAACGCUACUACAACCACCCUGACUCCUACUACUAGCAAUAUCAUUAACCACCCACAGGGCACCUUGUACACGGAACAGCACCCCACAUCCUUGCAACAAGUGCAGACAGAGCAAGGACAGAUUCAAGUGGUUACUGUCCAGACAACCUCGGAUGUUGAAGAAGCGGAGGUCCAGCAAGCAUUUAAGUGUUCGGAUGGAACUUGUAGUGUUAUCCAGAAUCCUAAUCGAGGUUACGGGGAAUCACUUGUUGCUUUAGUAACCAAUGGCAACAAGACUGUAUUUCAGCCCUGUGAGAUGAUUGUUCAUCAGAAUUCAACACUACCUGUCAUUACAACAUGUUCUGAAGAUGGACAAAUGCAGAAACAUGUCUAUCAGGCAACUGCUGCUGGUACUGCCAAGUUCGUGGCUAGCAUCCCGGCAACGACAGCUCUUCCAGUGAUGACCAAAACCUCAACAUCAACCACAAAUUCAGUGGACUACAAGUGUGAUUUCUGCUCCAAGUCUUUUUCAAGAAAGGACAACCUUGAACGCCAUAAGUUAACCCAUAGCAACGAGAAACUCUUCAGCUGCGACAUUUGCCAAAAGAGUUUCUCCCGACGGUCGUAUCUGAGUGUCCACCGCAGGAUUCAUACAGGAGAGAAGCCAUUUGUUUGUGAUCGAUGUGGCUUUGCAUUCUCUCGCAAAGACCACUUACUGAAGCAUAAGAGGGCCAAUGAAGGUCAACUAAAACUGAGUUGCGUGCCUCCAAAACACUCCAUGAUCCUUAAAGCAGAUGAAGAUGCUGAAGUAGGGGAAACUGUGGCUGUUGUCGUUACCACAGAUGCCGGUGCCGUGGCUGAUGGGACAAUGGUUGUUGCCCAUACUGAGGCGGGCGAGGAGGUGAAAACAGUGGCAAUGUACCAGACCCAGGUUGCCGAGGGUGCACACAUUGAUGGGACCAUAACAACUGCAGGGGCAGCACAGAUGUAUCCUGUAAUGUCCACUUUCCCAACUACAAUUGAAAUCUCGCCAUCAAUGGCACAAAUUUUCCCUACUAUUCAAAUGUACCCGGCCACCACCCAGAUGAAUGUGCCUCUCCAUGCAAAUGUGUCUCAUGAGAUUAUUAUCCCAAAUUCACAGAUUGGCCACAAAUUCCGAUCCAUAUUUGAUUCCAAGUCAUCUAUCUAUCUAUUUAUCAAUAGAUCUAUCUAUCUAUCUAUCUAUCUAUCUAUCUAUUUAUCUAAAAAUUAG